AUGGUAGACUACGACGAACUGUUGACAGUAUGGCCUCUCAAGGAUAUCAUCUAUGUGGCAAUUAUUGGGCCUGUAAUGCUCGCUGCAUUUCUGGAAUGGUUUCUGUGGCUUGCGGCCUUCUUAUACUGCCUAUAUAAAGUGUUUGUGAAAGCAGAGCAUACAAGCGUCCGGGUUCUCGCAAUCGUGAUGAUGGUAGCGUUUACUGCGCUACGGCUGGUUACGAACUCACUUGGUAGGACUAAGCGCAUCAAGGAAGUUCUCGAUGAUAAGACAGCGCCCAAAACAGUUGUCGUCAUGCCAGUCUACAAGGAGGCACCGGAUGUCCUACUCAAAGCUGUGAAUUCUGUCGUCGAAUGCGACUACCCCCCUCAAUGCAUCCAUGUCUUCCUCUCAUAUGACGGUGACCAAGUGGAUGAAUCAUACCUUGCUGUUGCGGGCCAUCUCGGCAUUCCACCCAACCUUAGGAGAUAUCCAACCAGUAUAGAUGUAACCUACAAAGGCGCAAGAAUCACGCUCUCUCGAUUCAAACAUGGAGGAAAACGUCAUUGUCAGAAACAAACAUUCCGGCUGAUUGAUAAAGUCUACGCAAAAUAUCUGAUACAAAAUGACAACCUAUUCGUCCUAUUCAUAGACUCUGAUUGUAUCCUCGAUCGUGUGUGCUUGCAAAACUUUAUGUAUGACAUGGAGCUCAAACCAGGAAGCAAGCAUAACAUGUUGGCGAUGACUGGAGUGAUCACAUCAACGACUCAGAAGAACACACUGAUCACACUACUACAAGAUAUGGAAUACAUCCAUGGGCAGCUGUUUGAACGAUCUGUAGAGUCGGGCUGUGGUGCGGUUACCUGUCUUCCCGGUGCUCUUACGAUGCUUCGGUUCUCUGCCUUCAGGAAGAUGGCAAAGUAUUACUUUGCCGAUAAAGCUGAACAAUGUGCCGAUCUUUUCGACUUUGGCAAAUGUCAUCUGGGAGAGGAUCGCUGGCUUACGCACCUGUUUAUGAUUGGAGCUAGGAAAAGGUACCAGAUUCAAAUGUGUACCAGCGCAUUUUGCAAAACGGAAGCAGUGCAAACUUUCAGAAGCUUACUGAAACAGCGAAGGCGUUGGUUCUUGGGUUUUAUCACUAACGAGGUGUGCAUGCUUACCGAUGCAAGGCUAUGGCGCCGAUACCCACUGCUAUGCGUUGUCAGGUUCAUGCAGAACACAAUCAGAACCACCGCGUUACUGUUCUUUAUCAUGGUCAUCUCGGUGAUAACCACGUCUAACAAGAUACAGAAUCUUCCUGUUGGAUUCAUUGCCGUCUCCCUUGGAUUGAACUACUUACUCAUGUUCUAUUUUGGAUUAAAGCUUCGCCGAUUCAAGGCUUGGUUAUACCCGAUCAUGUUUCUUUUGAACCCAUUCUUCAACUGGCUUUAUAUGGUUAACGGAAUAUUCACUGCCGGCCAGAGAACAUGGGGUGGUCCGCGAGCUGAUGCGGCAGCUGCUGAUAACAAUACAUCUCCAUCUCAGGCCGCCGACCAAGCUGAGGCUGCUGGGGACGAGCUCAACGUAGACUUGGGCACAUUCCCCCCUACUGCUGAAGGUAAAGAGCCGGUUCCAGUCCAGCCACCUGAAGUAGCCGAGGGUCGUUUUGCUGCCCCAGUUCUGGGCCCGAAUGGCUGUUAUGAGACUACCAACGCAUCCGGAGUCACUCUGCCUACGCACUAUACAAACGGUGGAUUGGAAUCGCGCCUCUCCCUAGAUUCUACCUACACAUCGGGUUCAAGGGCCACAUCGAUAGGCUGGCCAUGCGGUGUGGAGUAUCUCAUAGAUGAGGACAGGAGAAACGUGUUUAUGAAUGCAGAGGACCAGAAGAAGGUGGAAAUGGCUCGACGAAGCGGCAUCCGCGGCAACCGUGAGUUCUCCAUGAGCGAGUUCGACACGGGAGUCUCACCCAGCCGCGAACGCCCGGGCUCACCCGCUCUUAGCUCCCCAGCAAGCCUAAGGAGCAUAUCUUAUGACUUCCCUGCCGCUGAAGGGCCGUUGGGGAGUGCACCUUUUGCCAGCCCAGAGCGUCCCAGACGAGCGCGCACGGCAGGGAGCCCACUCUCCAGACGGCACUCGGACGGGCCUGUCAUUGAGGAGAGGAGACACGACUCCGCCAGCCUUCGCCGCGAGAGCCUGGCAUUGGAGACUGACGACGAAGGGACAUCGGAAGAGAAACGGGGCAGACGUCGAAGGCGUCUAACCAAGCCUCCUCCGGACGAUAUCACGACGAGAUGA